ACGACGCUGGGAGACCCGAACGAGCGAGGACGAGCGCCCGCAACACCGAUGCGCCGCCGCCCCCUGGCCCUAGCGCCUCGCGCCGUCGCUCCAUGGCCGGUGGCCCUAGCGCCCCGCGCCGCCGCUCUGUGGCCGAUGGCCCUAGCCCUAGGCGCCGCCGCUCCGUGGGCCGUGGCCCUAUCGAUCAUGCCGGAGCACCGCCCACCGGCUAGCUGGCAGCCCGCAGCCGCCACGGCACCACGCGUCCGACUCCCACGUGGCCAUGCCUCGUCCUCCGUGCUCGCCUAGCCGCUAGCAGCCUAGCGCGACAGUCGGCAGUCAUGAAAAACUUUUGAUUUCGCCAGGAGACAAACAUGCUACAUACCCUCAUAAGAAUAUGAAUAUUGAGGAGGAACCCACAAACAAAGAAGAUCAUAUAUUGAAUGUGUCACAUACAGAAGGUCAUGAAAACCUUUUGAUUUCGCCAGGAGACAAACAUGGUACAUCCCUUCGUGAGGAUGUGAAUAUUGAGGAGGAACCCACAAUCAAAGAAGAUCAUAUAUUGAAUGUGUCACAUAUAGACGGUCAUAAAAACCUUUUGAUUUCGCCAGGAGACAAAUAUGCUACAUUCCCUCAUGAGGAUGUGAAUAUUGUGGAGGAACCCACAAGUAAAUAAGAUCGUAUAUUGAAUGUGUCACACACAAAGGGGUACAUUUAUCAGCUAUUCCAAAUUUUAAAUAAUAAAAUAAAUCAAUUUCUACUUUUAUUACCUGAAAUUAAUUUCUAUUUGUUUAAGUUAGUGAUAUGUGUUUAAUUUGCAUUUGCAGUCAUAAAACCUUUUUACAGUUUAUGGCUGAAAAUGAUAUGUCUACUGGUGUUAUCUUAUAUGAUGACGUAAAGGAUUGUAUGAUAACAGUUAUUGUAAGAGAAAUGAGUGUAGACUUUCUAAAUUACAUUUUUAAUAAAUUCGAGAGAGGAAAGUGUUGGAGUGAUGGCUGAGAAUUAAGUGAUAUGGAAAUGGAAGUUGAAGCAAGAAGAAAGUUUGUCAUUACCAAGGAGGCUGACGCAGAUCUUACUGUUGAAGAUGACACACAAAAUAUAUUUGUUCAUCUUGGUUUUCUGGUACCGUAUUAUAAAAAAGGAAACUCAAUCCAGCAUUUUUUGAUUCCUUCGGAAAAGAUAUAUUAUACUUUUCUGAUCUUAAGAAUUUUUCAAUAAAAUGGAAAAGGUUUGUCAAACUCAUUAGAUCAGCGUUAGCUUUGAAAGCGCCUUUGGUCAGAUUAACCUUAAUCUGUGAGAUGUCUACAAUUAUCGUAUUGCAGCUUUAAUUAUCUAAUUCUGCAUAUUAUUAAGUAUUAUAAAAAAAUGUCAAGAUUGACGUGCUUCAGUAAAAUGGGUUAUGCCACACAGACAGGUCUACCACUACAGGAACAAUAUCUCUUUAAGGUAUUUUUAUGAUAAGUGGUGUUGUAACUUAUGACACGUAAUGUGGUAUUUAAGAAACUUCGUUAAGCAUGUCCUGACCUACGUAAAAGAGUAGAGGAAAUGCUGAAGGAAGUUUCUUCAAUACCACAUUACGUGCCAUAAGUUACAACACCACUUAUCAUAGGAAUACAUUAAAGAGAUAUUGUUCCUGUAGUGGUAGACCUGUCCGUGUGGCAUAACCCAUUUUAUUGAAGCACGCCAAUAUUGACAUUUUUUGAUAACACUUGAUGAUAUGCAGAAUUAGAUAAUUUAAGCUGCAAUGCGAUAACUGUGGACAUCUCACAGAUUAAGGUCGAUCUGAUCAAAGACGCUUUUAAAGCUAACACUGAUCUAAUGAGUUUGACAAACAUUUUCCAUUUUAUUAGAAAUUUCUUAAAAUCAUGAAAGUAUAAGAUAUUUUUUCUCAAGGAAUAAAAAAAUGCUAGAAUUGAGUUUUCUUUCUUAUAAUACGGUACCAGGAGACCAAGAUAAACAAAUAAAUUUUGUGUGCCCUCUUCAACAGUAAGAUCUGCGUCAGCCUACUUGGUAAUGACAAACUUUCUUCCUGCCUCAAUUUCUAUUUCCAUAUCACUUAAUUCCCAGCCAUCACUCCAGCACUUUCUUUCCUUAAAUUUAUUAAAAAUGUAAUUUAGAAAGUUUAGACCCAUUUCUCUUCCAGUAACUGUUGUCAUACAAUCCUCUACGCCAUCAUAUAAGAUAACACCAGUAGACAUACCAUUUUCAGUCAUAAACUGCAAAAAGUUUUUAUGACUGCAAAUGCAAAGUAAACACAUAUCACUAACUUAAACAAAUAGAAAUUAACAUGCUUAUUAAAACGACGUUAAAACGACGUUUAAACGUCGUUUAAACUAUAAAACGCUGACAGAAAGUGAAACGACAACGUUUUACGAUUCGUCGUAAAACGUCGUUUAAACGUCGCGUUUUGACGUUUAAACGCGUUAUAGAGUGAAACACCGCGUUUCGGGCGUUUAAUGCGUCUGCUGCUAGAAAUUGGCCCAACCUAAUUAGAAACUCCCGCCCAGCCCGCCCAGGCCGCCGCUACAGGCCGCACUAUCACCAGCCCAAUUAGGAACUCGCGUUCUCACCAGCCGCCGCACUCCAGGGCGCGCUCCAGCCUCCAGGCCGCCGCUGCCGCUGCUCCAACCCUCCUGCGCCGCCCGUCCGGCGCCGCCAGGCCCGCCUCUGCGUGCCGCUGCUCCAGGCCACCGCCGCUCCAGGCAGCUGCUCUCCAGGCCGUCCUCCCUCCAGGGCGCUGCUCUCGAGGCCGCUCCAGGCCGCUGCUCUCGAGGCCGUCCUCCAGCCCCGCCUCAGAGCCUCUGCGUGCCGCCGCGCUCCAGGCCGUCCUCCCUCCUGCGCCGCCCGUCCGGCGCUGCCAGCCCCUCCAGCCCCGCCUCUGCUGUCCCACUGCGGCAGGACUACAAAGUACAAAGAUUUGCUACUGCAUUCCUCACCUUGAGGAGUAUACAUAAGCACAAGGAUGUAUCCCCACGAGGUUGUUUGGUAUUUGACUUGAUAUAAUUGCCUGAAAUUAUGAUAUAUUGAAAUUUCCCUAUGUUGUUUAAAACUACGUUUAAACUUUGUUUAAACCGUUUAAAAGUUAAAACUCACCCAUGAGCGUUUCAACGUUUCGUCGUUUUAAUAACCUUGGAAAUUAAUCUCAGGUAAUAAAAGUAGAAAUUGAUCUAUUUUAUUAUUUAAAAUUUGGAAUAGCUGAUAAAUGUACCCCUCUGUAUGUGACACAUUCAAUAUAUGAUUUUCAAUAUAUGAUCUUCUUUGAUUGUGGGUCCUCCUCAAUAUUCACAUUUUUUCAGCAGUGGCUAUAUACACACACACACACACACUACUAUUAAGGCUGUAAGGGGUAGGCUGCCUCCCCUGGUUCUGCCUUCAGCCAAUCUGCACCGUCCAUCUAUAUGCGUCAAAUCAUCACCGUCCGUCUCGUCGCCUCCGCUUCAAGCCUCCUCCAUCCAUCGAUCGCAACUGCUCCUCUCCGCUCCCCUCUUCCUCAACAGCUAGAUCCUCCAUCAGGCUUCAUUCGCGCCGUCGUCGGCAACGGCUCCGGCCUUCCCACGCCGCCGUCCAACCUCCCCCCGACUCUCCUCCCCACACCGCCGCCGCUCCCACCGCCCGCAAAAACACCACGCACACGGGCGCGGGCGCGGAGACCGACCACCACGGCACCACCUCCUCCUCCGGUUGCCUCCGGCCUCGCCAUCCCUCUGUCCUCGACUUCCCUCCGUCCUCCCGGUCUCCAGCCUCCCGGACCGGAAGCUCCACGUGGCGCGACAGCUCGUCUCUGUCGUCUAUGGCGGCGGCAGAGGUGUACUCGCCGACCGCGGCGGCGCAGCAGCAGAGGGAGAAGGCGACGUCGCAGGUGUGGCGGGCGGUGGUGGGGUGGAUCGGCUUCCUUGUUCAGGUUCUGCUUCAGAUCCUCCGGGGCACGCCGUCCUGCGCCCAACUCUUUCCUUCGGCGGCGUCCGGUACCCGCUCCUCUUCGGGCCUGCGGCCUCGAACUCGUCGCCGGAGGUGGCCUCCGUCCGUCCAGCUCUGAGGCGGGCCCAUGGAAAUCGUUGCCAUAUCAGAUCAGCUUCGCCACGGACCCCAUCUGCGACCCCCGGUGACGCGCUCCGCCCACAGCUCUGAGGCGGGCCCAUGGAAAUCGUUGCCAUAUCAGAUCAGCUUCGCCACGGACCCCAUCUGCGACCCCCGGUGACGCGCUCCGCCCACCGCCCACCGCCGCCCGGGAAUGGCUCGAGCGCUGCUCCUGCUGCGAGUAGCUGUAGCUCGCUACCCUCCUCUCCCGGCCUCACCCGCGCUCCUCCAGCCGCAGCCGCUGCUGCGCUGCCACGCGCCCUCCCAGUACAAAUCCCAGCUCCGCUUCCUCUCCUCCCUCUCCUCGUCCGUGCCCAACAGCUCAGAUGCUCCCAGCGACGGCGGGGGCGACCGCGACGGGGAAGAAGAUGGCGCGAAGAGUGGCAGCCACGUCGAUUACUUGGGGAUGAGCGACGAGGAGCUCAUGGAGCAGUGCGAUAUGGGCACGUUCAAGGCGUCCGGCCCCGGCGGCCAGCACUGCAACAAGCGCGAGUCCGCCGUCCGGCUGAAACACCUUCCCAUCGGCAUCAUCGCCCAGGCUGUGGAGGAUCGAUCACAACAUAAGAACCGAGCGUCUGCUUUAUCUCGGCUUCGAACCCUGAUUGCUCUUAAAGUUAGGAGGCCGAUAAACCUGGAAGACUACACUCCACCUGUUGAGCUUCUUCAGAUAUUACCCCUGAAGUCCAGCGUUAGAGGAAAUGAUGUUGGCCCCCAAAUCGGUCCAAAUAACUCAAAAUUUUCUCCAGGAAUGCAAGCAUUAUUAGACCUGCUGUUUGCUGUUGAAGAUUCUGUAUCAGAUGCAGCAAAGAUUUUAGGCCUAAGCACCGGUGCUUUGUCAAGAUUGAUUCUGUCAGAUGAUUCUCUCCGAACGGCCGCGAAUGAACUGCGAGCUUCGAAGGGCACCGGUGCUGUACUACGUGCUCCUGACGUUGCAGGACAGCGUGCACAAGGUCUUCUACGCCGUCGUCGAGGCCGCUGCAGUUCGCGCAGACAACAGCCAUCUUGGAGGUAUCUAAUUCCAAUAUUGUAUGUCUCGGUUGAACUUGUGAAGGCGUUGCAAGCACAUAUCAUUAACUGGGAUAUUCAUAUGUUUGAUGAGGAGAUCGGCAAUACCACUCAGGGUGGCAAGUUUGACCAUGCAGAUCGUUUGUUCCAAAGCAUUGAGAACGCUUACAUAAAUAGCUUAUCAAAUACAAGAUGGGGAACCUAUAGGCGAUGUUGCUCUCCCUCCAUGGGCAAAGGCUUAGCAUUGCAAAGAACAACUUCUGCGUACAGUUAUGUAGCCCAGCUUCAUAACUUGAAGGAUGAUAACUCAAGUGACGAGUUUGACAAAGAUUCUAUUGAGAGUGAUGAUAGAUCUCUUGAAGAGCUAAGCUGGGAGACACUAGAACUUCUUGUGGUACCUCAUAUAUUCAGCAUCAGACGAAGCACAUGGAGAUCAACCUUCACUUCGUCCGUGAGCGUGUCGCCGACGGUGAUGUUCGCAUUCUCAGCAUCCCGACCACUUCGUAGUUUGCCGACAUUUUCACCAAGGGGCUGCCGUCGAGUGUAUUCACUGAGUUUCGAUCUAGUCUCAACAUCUGUACAGGAUAGAAUUGAGACUGUAGGAGGUGUUAGACUCCUGCUAAGGGUUAGGCCUGGGCCUUCUUGUAUUUACCUGAUUACCCCUAUGUAAUGGGCUUGGCCCACCUAACUGCCAUAUAUAAAUUAAUAUAAUUUACACCCAACUCUAGAUUAGGGUUAGGGUUUCAUAUUCCAACUCCCUGUACUGUAUUUAAUAAAUACAUGAACUCCAUUCAACAGUUUAGAAAAAGAAGCAUUACUAAAUAUGGUUAUUAACAUGCCCAGCUUGUUUAAGACCAACAGUCAUAUUAACAUGUCCAACUUGCUUAAUACCAAGAUGCAGGUAUCCAAGCUCUGUGCUACCGAUUAAUUGCUGAAAACUGAACUUGGGUUCAUGUUAAAUAUUCCCAAGGAAAUAUAAUUGGGCAACGGUGUGUGUAUAUGUUCAGAUUCAGAAAGUGAGGACAAUAUAGCGUUUGCAGCAGUGGUCGUCGCCCUGUGCAGGGAGGGCCUGCUGAUCAGAGAUCAAGAGGGAAAGCAGAAGACACGUUGUGCCGGGAGGAAACACACGACGAAGUAGAGACUUAGAAGCAAUAAGCUAAAUAUUUAGACAACUUUAAUUCGAGCACUCCAAGAGGUGUCUCAAACAACUGGUUAAUUCGUUUUAUGACCAAAAGAGGAAAAAUGGCCAUCUAAUAGUUUUGUAAAACAACUCCCUAAAGAUAAGCACUUGCUUAAUCUCCCCCUCAACUCGCCAACAUGUGUGUGCCUUCUGCGCUUGCUAUUUGCUUGGGUAGUUUUGUAAAACAACUCCCUAAAGAUAAGCACUUGCAUAAUCUCCC